AACUCCGGGGCUUGUUAUGGAGUUCGUGUGAAAGACACACGGAUUUCCACCCUUCUUUACCAGUUAAACCAGUAUCUCUGGAUAGAACACACUCAAGUACAGCAACAGUUUUUACCCUUGUGGUCCCUGAUGGCUUCGCACAGUGAUACUCUGGUGGUGUUCUUUGGGGCAACAGCUGGUGCAAAUGGGGGUAAACUGGGUUCGGAUGAGAGGGAAAUAAUUCUCUUGGUGUGGCAAAUUGUGGAUCUACAUGAGAAAAAGGUCGGGAAGCUUCAUAAAUGUCAUGUUAAGCCAGACUCUUUGGAGCUGACAGACCAGUGUAAAGAAGAAACAGGACUGACUUUGGACGAAAUAAUCAAAGCUGAGCCCCUGGACAAAGUUCUGCAACAGUUCCAGCAGUCAGUGUCAUCAGAAGUAAAAUGUCUUGGCAGGAACUCUUACACACUUUGUGUCAACAGUCCUCUCAUCAUUCGACAGGCCCUCCACCCCGAGGCUUCCAAAAAGAAUCUUGUCCUUCCUGAAUGUUUCUUUUCAUUCGUGGAUGUGAGAAAGGAGUUUCACAAAUGCUGCCCAAAUGCCGGCCCUGCACAGAAGCUCACACUCACCUCCAUGCUGGAAUAUGUUGGUCUUCCUGCUGUGUCAGAGCAGAUGAUGGGAGUGAGGGAGGUGAUGGGCAUGGUGCAGCUGACACUCUGCAUCCUGGAUGAGCCCUACAAUCACAAGUUCAGCUGUGUUGAAACUGUGAAGUACAAGUUCGACUCUGGCACAUGCAGUAAGACGGAGCCGGUUGACAGUGAGACAGUGAUCAGAGCACGAGGGCUUCCAUGGCAGUCUUCAGACCAAGACAUCGCUCGCUUCUUUAAAGGCCUUAAUAUUGCCAAGGGUGGUGUUGCGCUGUGUCUGAACGCUCAGGGCAGGAGGAAUGGCGAAGCCUUAGUUCGCUUCAUCAACUCGGAACACAGAGACCUGGCUCUGGAGCGCCACAAACACCACAUGGGUAGUCGCUACAUUGAGGUCUACAAGGCCACAGGAGAGGAAUUCCUCAAGAUUGCAGGAGGUACGUCCAAUGAGGUGGCCCAGUUCCUGUCCAAAGAGAAUCAGGUGAUUAUCCGUAUGCGGGGGCUGCCGUUUACUGCCACACCACAGGAAGUGCUGUCCUUUCUUGGUCCUGAGAGCCCAGUUACAGAUGGUGGCGAGGGUCUGCUAUUUGUCAAGUAUCCUGAUGGACGGCCCACUGGCGACGCCUUUGUGCUCUUUUCUUGUGAAGAAUAUGCUCAGAAUGCUCUGAAGAAGCACAAGCAGAUCCUGGGGAAACGUUACAUUGAGCUGUUUCGGAGCACUGCGGCCGAAGUGCAACAGGUCCUGAACCGCUACAUGUCUACACCUCUGAUCUCCACACUACCACCCUCACCCAUCGUGCCUGUCCCAGUCCUCGCUACACCUCCCUUCCUUCCAGCAGCGAGCAGCACUCGAGACUGUAUUCGCCUCCGUGGUCUGCCCUACACUGCCGGCAUCGAAGAUAUCCUGGAGUUCAUGGCUGAACACACUGUUGACAUCAAACCUCAUGGAGUUCACAUGGUCCUUAACCAGCAGGGGCGGCCCUCUGGUGAUGCCUUCAUCCAAAUGAAGUCACCUGACAAAGCAUUUAUGGUAGCCCAAAAAUGCCAUAAAAAGACAAUGAAGGACCGAUAUGUCGAGGUCUUCCAGUGCUCCACAGAAGAGAUGAGCAUCGUCCUGAUGGGGGGAACCUUGAACCGCAGUGGCCUCUCGCCUCCACCCUGCAAGCUUCCCUGUCUGUCUCCCCCCACAGCCUAUGCUGCCUUCCCCACUCCCCCUGCCAUUCUCUCUGAGGCUGCCCUCUACCAGCCUCCUCUGCUGGCUGCUCCCAGACCUCCUCAGACCACCGCACACAGCCCCGCUCACACUCUGGCCUACUACCCUCCUCAGCCACAUCUCUACAUGAACAUGAACAUGAACUACACUGCUUACUACCCCAGCCCUCCAGUCUCUCCUUCCACUGUUAGCUACUUUGCAGCUCCACCAGGAGCAAUGGCAGCAGCAGUCGCAGCUCAGUCUCACCCCGCUGCAGCCGCCGCCUCUCCUGUACUGUCCCAGCCUGGUGCCCUGGUCAGGAUGCAGGGACUGCCCUACAAUGCUGGAGUCAAAGACAUCCUCAGCUUCUUCCAGGGAUACCAGUACGCCCCUGACGAGUACAGCGGCAUGGUUCAGAUGAGCGAACAGGCCAGGAGUCUGAUUCAGCCCAAAGAAUGGCUCUGUCUUUAGGGACUCACCCCAAGCUCCAACCAGAAGCUGUUCUCAUAUUGUAUAACUUCAGUGGCCAAUGCAGCGGCGAGGCCUUGAUCACCUUCCCCAGCGAGGAGAUCGCCAGGCGGGCUGUAGCCGAGUGCUCCAACCACACUUUCUAUGGCCAGCAGAUCCACCUGGCCUUCUGUAACUGACCACCAGGCCUCCAUCUCCCUCUCCACCACACUCAGUUUAUCAUCCCACAGAAGAACAGUCUCUGUUCUCUCGCAGACACUUUGCUUCAGCUCCGAGCUCCAGUAGAUUCCAGUGCUGGCUUCUCCCUCCUCCAUGAUCUAACCCAAACACACACCUGUCAGUUCUGACGCUCCUGAAGCUGCUGAUGGAGUUGAAACAUCCACAGAUGAAGCAGCUACAGUCUGUAAAGGUUCAUGUUGGGGGAAUGACUUUGUGGAUGUCGCGUCAAGCGUUUUUCUGCAUUUGCUCAUAUUCUAAUAGCAGGUUGUGGAGAGAUGGUGUGGAGUCUGGACAGAUCAUAUCAGUGGCUCUGCGAAGCCAAACAUGCAGGUAUAUUUAAUACUCUAUAUGUGUGUGCCCCAUUAAACUGUACAGAUGUUCAUCCUGAAAUGCUUGAGGCUGUACAAACCACUUCUACACACAAUCUUCUCUGUAUAUUUCUAAAUUUUCACUGUUAACCACUAAAGGAUUUAGAGUUUUUUGUGUUUAGGAACCUUUUGUGUUAGUUCUAUGCAAACACAGCUGUGUGUAUGUGCAGGCUCCAUGUUUAUUAUUUGACGGCCUCCAGCAGUGCCGUGGUGUCGUUGAAAAAAGAAAAAAAAGCCAUAAAAGUGACUUAGACUACUGACAACAGUACAACUGUACUCUUAAACUGAAUGAAUUAAUUUAAAUUGCUUUGAGCUUCAGGGACUACUAGCUUAUUCUGCAUUACAACACAGCUGUACCAACUAAUAGCUAACUUUAUUUUUAUUAGCUUUUUUCUGUAAAAAGCGUUUGUAUGAUAACAAUCCAUUUGCUUUUUCCUAGCACUACGUUUUUUUUGCUCUAAACAAAGAGUUAAGGAAUUGAGCAUCUUUAGCAGAGUAGCAAGACAAAUUGAUUCUAUUUUUAUCAAUGCCAUUUCUUUACAAAAGCUGAAAUUUAGUUGUUAAAUGUGUAAGGACAGAGGCGUAUCCUGAAGUCUAAUAUAAUGAUGGACCUAAGCUGCUGUAUCUGUUCCCUUCUUGUUUCCAGACUGUAACAAUCAGUCCGAGCCAUGCUUUCAUCCCUGUUAUCAACCAGAGUAUUGUGUAAAGCUGCAUGAGUUUUCCUGUGACAGGCCUGCUGAUAGAUGCCUUAGUUUUUCACCUUUACUGUGCCUACAUUACCCAGAGUGCAAUACUGGCCCAUAUGCAGCCAAAUCACCCUCUGGUGGCAGAAGAGCUAUUUGUUUCUUUGGAUGCAAGUUUGAGACUUGUAUGAAUUUAGACUUGUGUAUAAACUGUAAACAAUAAAAGUGUUGACAAUGA